UUUAACGGCCUUGACACUUCAACGUGUAAACAUUUUCUCAAAAGGAAACAGAAAAGAUUUUUUCAGACAGGGAAAAAACAAUGCCUGACCCAUUCCUCGAUAAUCACGGUGUACUCAUGAUAUGCAGCACUGCAUUGAAUUGAUGGAUAAGUGGGUUUUGAGUCUUUAGUUUAACUGACAAAUACAAAAAUGUCUAAACUUACUCAACAAGACAGAAAGGACUUGGAGAAAUUCACCAAGUUUUUGAUUUAUAAGAGUUUGCAGAUCAUCGUGCAGUCCAGACUUGGAGAAAAAAUCCAGACAAAGUCCAAACCAUUUUCCUCUGGUGCAGAUUGGUUCAACCUUGCAAUAAAAGAUGUUCAAGAAGUGCAUACAGAAACAAAGAAGGCUCUUGCAGGACAAACGGCUCUUUUAAGUCAAAAUGUCUGUGUGGAAAUUUCUCUCAAAACCUCAGAAGGAGAUUCAAUGAUUUUAGAAACAUGGUACAUAGGCUUGAACAAAGAGACAUGUGAUCUCAAUGCUCGCAUUUCCUACACUGUGUACAACCGCAUGGGUAGUGCAUUAAAGACCUUGCUCAGUAUUUCUCGCGUUACUCCAGCAUACAAACUUUCUCGUCAGCAGGGUGUGUGCUCGGAUGACUAUGUGAUAUGUUACCGCUUUUACCAAGGGGAGCCUCAGUUUUUCAUGCUGGGGGACAAUUACCAGACGAUUAAAGUGGGCACAGUGCCCACCCCUGUCGGGACCAUUUAUAUGAACCUGGCCUACAGAACCAAACUCCUUAUAACUCCACAGAAAUCGUCCAGGGAGAUCCUGAUUGAUGUGAAAGACGAUCAUUUUAAGAAAGACAAUAGUCCCAGGAGGCCAACUACACCAAAACCAUGUUCUCUAGGAUAUAGAAGGAACAGUACGUCGGAGGAUCUGUUUGGGUAUGGGGGGGAGGACGGACAGGACCUGUGCUCCACCACGUUUGAUAACAGCCCGGGGGAGGCGUUCUUCCACGGUAUGUUACAGAACCGGGACCCCCACCAGCUGUCCAGUACCCCCCAACAGAGGACGACCGGCGGGGCACUGACAGAGGACAGGGAGGGGACAGAACAGGGCAGGGACAAACAGGAAAUUGUUGAAAAGCAGCUAAGUUUUACGUCAUACCAGAGGAUAGGAGCUUUUGCUCAAAAAAGGAAUUCCAAGGAGAUCAAAACUGACUUUGAGGAUGUGCCAUUCCUAAGCUUACUUCAGCCAGAGAGUAAACCUUCAGACACAAAAACUGAAACAUCCGGGGAUCAGAAUCACCUAGGGUCAAAUGACUCUAAGGAGAAAUCCAGUGGGGAAAAGGCAAUAGAGCAGGCUUUAUCCCCCUCAGAGAGUAUAUCCAGCAAUACAUCAGCACCAGAUGACUUUGUCAUGGUGGAGUUGAAAACUCCCUUUGCGGGGGCUGAUCCUAACACUGACCUGGGAACGUUUUACAGAGAGUGCCAGGGAGCCCCACCGCUAGCCAUGUGUAGUGGUGAGAGCAAUGUCACCGAGGCUCUGGAGGAAAUCUCCUGUCAGCUACAGAUGUUUGAGUCUAACAUUGAGGGAUUUGAUGACUUUGUCACCUCAAUAACAGAGAGUGUCACUGUAGAGUAACCUCCCCUCCCCUCCAGGUUCAAAGUGCAAGGGUUAUUAUGUCUUGCACAGGCAUUGUUAGUGCUUUCCUCUGUGCUUAUCAAUUACAAUGUAUGUUGUCAUUAUUUUAACAACAACAUUUAAUUUUGUCACUACAUGUAGUACAUACUGCUUUCAGAGAAUGAAGUGAUUGAAGUAAAUUUUUAAAGAGUCAGGGAUCAAAAGUUAUAAGGUAGAAAAUCAAUAUGAUUGUAUAAGUAAUAGGAUGAUUUUUGAAAGUUUAAAAGUCAAUGUCAAAUUCACUACCUGUAAAAGUCAUUUUAUGGAUUGCGUGCAACAGAGGUAAGACUAUAUUUGUCCAUUCAUACCUGUAUUUUUCUCUUAUUUUUAAGGUUAUGUGAACAGAGGAUCAGACAUAUACAUGUGUAUAUUUGAAACGCACAGAUUGAGCCCCUUUUCAUUUCAUUUCAUGAGUCUAAUACAGCCUGUUUAUGAGGGAAAAUUGUGCUUUGUGGUGCUUCUUUUUAUAAUGUGAUAAGUGAGAAUAAUAUUAAUAUAUUGUGUCUUUGUGAACAUAAACCCCCUAUUGAAAACUUUGGUUACUUUUAUUGCAUUAAAUUUUGUGUAUCUGUAAAUACUGAGGGAGUAUGUUUAUUUUGACAGUGUUACAUUUCUGGUCUUGAAACUCUUGUUAUUACACUGUCAUUUAUAGUGUGUUGAUCUACUUUUUGUGUGUAAAUGAGGGACAUGAGAAGUGUGAUGUACAUGAACAUGUAUAUUGACUUAAAGUUCAUAGUGUACAAAGCCUGCUGGAUAGGCUAAUCUGCCAAUCAAUACAACUGUGGGAGAUGUAUUCAUGCUAGUCAGCAUUUAGCUAAAUUGAGGAGUACUAGUACUGCAGACAAUAUUUGGUAUUCUCUUGAGUCAUGACAAUACAGAAAGUGAUGUAGGAAAUGUGUGCGAUUUUUUUUAAUGGAAAUGUACGUGUAUCUCUGCCAAAAGUUCUUUGUAAUGCAUGUAUGAAAUACAUGUAUUUUGACUUUUUUUAAUAGGAGAAAAAAAAGAAAAAAAAUUAAAUUUAACUAAAUUUAGGUACACAUUAACCGUAUUGAGUUAACUAAUAUUAACCUAAAAUCAAAUCAUUGUAGUAGAUUAACAUUUGGAUUGUGUUAAGGGAUAUAACCCUAAUGUUUGAAUAAUCUUAUCAUUGGUGACACAGGUAAUAUUUUUUUAAGCAAAUGAACUGUAAUGCAUUUAUUUUUAUCAUUAUCAGUGCAUUACAUGUGAGAUAUUUAAUUGCUUUAAUAGGUUUUGCAGUUUAAAACCAUAUACAUAUAUUCAAAACUUUGUGUGCAUAUAAGAAUUCCAUACAUGGGAGGGGAAAAUGUGUCAAUUUAUUAGACAUGAACAUGUAUGAAUGUUUUGAAUAGAAAGAGAUUUUUAUUUUACAUCACAUUCAGUAAUAUUUCAUAAGUGAGUCAUACAUGUAGUUACUCUCCAGAACU